AUGCUAAGCACGCCCUUCGCAGUACAGCAUGCCCUGGCAAAACCAAUCCCGGUGCCGUCUUCGCCGAGGGCCUUUGGCGGGUUCGCAAACUUCGCUGCCAGAACGAACAGGUUACCAGCACCUAAGCAUCUGGCCUCGCAUACUACAGCCGUACCAACUACUAAGCCCCCGAAGGUGCCAUCGCGGAUAACGGCGGGGAACGCGGGACGCAAAGCCGCCAGGAGUGCUUCGCACGUGCCGCGUGAACCAGUUCCUACGUCUGCCAGUGCUCAUGGCAGCUCGACGGCCUCGAGCCGCAAACUUGCCCUUCUGCAAAGCUAUCACCGUCAAGCCUUACAACACGCCGAAAACUAUCACAACCUAGCAUCAAACGCAACGUCUGCGUCCGCUUCCAACCCAGCAUUCCAGCAGCAGGCAUCAACAGAGCUUUCGGGAUUCAACACGAACUUCCAGGGCUUCACAACUGUUCUAGCGGAGCUUGGCGGUGACAAGGACGUCGCAAACCUGGAUCCCACCAACAACCUAGAGACCUUGCUAGAGAGCAUCGUCAACGCCAACAAGGACAUCCUCACAGUCACUUACAACCUGGUUGUCUCGUUGCCCAUCGUCGGCCCGAUCUUGGGUCCCAUCGUGUACGAUCUAAAGUGUAUUCUGGACGACCUCCUGGACAUCGUCGAGAAUCUCUCCGAUGCCAUCAUCAACGCGAUCCAACCCCUUCUUCAGGCCGUUCUCGGCAAGGCUGUCACGGCGACAUGCGCGUCUGGCGUCCAGGUUGCAGGUCUUUGCAUAUGA